AUGAUGAUCGAUCCCGUUGACGUGUUGAAGACGACCAAGAGCGUUCUUCCAAUUCCUCUUCCUACCUCGCUCAUCUCCUCGCUGACGGCGACACACACCGCCUCGCACACCUCUCUCCCUACCGUUAUCCCGGACCCCAUUGACAGGCAAUUCGCCGGUGACGAUGGCAAGAAGACGCUCUGGGUCAUCUUCGUGGCCAUGACCAUCGCCUCCGCGGCCUUUGCGGCCAUGUCGUGGAGAGUCCCCGUCCAACGUCGUCUCUACCACGUCGUCACGACUCUCAUCCUCAUCAUCGCUUCCAUCUCAUACUUUGCCAUGGCUACUGGUCACGGAGUGUCUGUCCACAAGACCAUUGUCCGCCACCAAAACGACCACGUCCCGGACACUACGACCGAGGUGCAGCGACAGGUCUUUUGGGCUCGCUACGUCGACUGGGCGCUCACUACGCCUCUUCUCUUGCUUGAUCUCAGUCUCCUUGCUGGCCUCAACGGCGCUCACAUUCUGAUGGCCGUUGUCGCCGAUAUUAUCAUGAUCCUUACCGGUCUGUUCGCCGCCUUUGGCAGCGAGGGCACCCCGCAAAAGUGGGGAUGGUACACCAUCGCCUGCAUUGCCUACCUCGUCGUCAUCUGGCACUUGGCUGUCAACGGCCGUGCCCAAGCCAACGCCAGGAGCCAAAAGGUUGGAUCUUUCUUCUUGGCUAUUGCAGGCUACACCCUCAUUCUCUGGACCGCCUACCCAAUUGUCUGGGGUAUUGCCGACGGUUCACGCAAGCUUUCCGUCGAUGCUGAGAUCAUCGCUUACGCCGUCCUUGACGUUCUUGCCAAGCCAAUCUUCGGUAUCUGGCUUCUUGUCACCCAUGCCAACAUGCCAGAGACCAACAUUGACCUCGGGGGCUUCUGGUCCUACGGCUUCGGUGGCGAAGGUGCUGUCCGUCUCGAGGACGACGGCGCUUAA